UCAAAACAUGGCUUAAUAGAAUUACAUUAACCCUCGUGGACUUAUUAACUCAGUAAUCCCUGCUCCCAUUAAACAAUAUGAAAAGAGAGAAUUUUAUCUAACUAAAUUAUUAGGAGAAGGAGGGGAAGGUUUUGUGGUUGCAGCAAAACCAAUCAAUUGGAAUUUAAACAAAGAUAUUGCCAUGAAAUUUUAAAUUAAGAGAAAAUAAGCAGAAGAAUCUUUCAUUAAAGAUUUAAUGGCCUAUUAAUAAUAACAUGACAAUAAUUUCUGGACUUCUUCAGGGAUGGUUUAAAUUAUUGAAAUUUUUUAAUAUCAAAAUUAUCAUGUUUUACUUAUGGAAUUGGGAACUUAGGAUCUGUAUGCUUAUAUUAAAAACAAACCAAAUUUAUCGAAUAAAAAUAGAUUCUAAAUUUGCUAUUAAGUAAUUAUUAUUUAUAUCGUUAGCUUUUACGUCCAAUUUACUAUCUCCAUUCUUAAAAUUUAUUUCAUAGAGAUAUCAAACCAGAAAAUUUUAUUCUUGUUGGAGAUCAAUUUAAAUUAAUAGAUUUUGGUUUAGUGAAAAGAACUGUUAGUGAUUAUUCAAAUUAAACUAUAGGAGUUGGAUCACUAUUUUACUAAGCCCCAGAACUUAUUGAAAAAAACAAUCAAUAUGAUUAGAAAGUAGAUAUUUGGGCGUUAGCUUGUGUAAUGUAUGAAGUAUUGACUGGUGAAUCCUUUUUUACAAGUAUCAACAAUAUUAUUAUUAUUUUUUAGAUAACUCAUAAUAAGAUUUUCUAACUCAACUCACUCAAUAUAAAUCAUAAAAAGAGUAAUUUUUAAAAAAAAUUGAUUUAUUAAAAAUUCCACAAGAAUGUUAAACUAUAAUGAAAAAAAUGUUUGAUCCUGAUUCAUCAUAACGGUCUUCUAUCGUAGAAAUAGCAGAAAUAUUUAAAAGAAAUAAAGACUAUGACCCUGAUUAAAUAAAUAAUAAAAAUUGCAAUUUAACUUUAUCAUCUAGGCCAAAUUAGUUAUAUUCAAAAUAAUAAAAUCCUAAUUAACUCCUUUAAACUUAAAUCUAGUAAACAUUAUAAAGUUAAUAAUUUUUAUGUAAUUAAAUACCAACAUAAUAAAGUUAAUAAGUUUUGAAUGCUUCAAUACCAACAUAAUAACCAUAAUCUAAGUAGUAAUAAUCAAUUUAAUAAUUUUAAUAAUAGCCAAAUUUAUAAGCACCUCAACCAAAACAAUAAAUGACAUAAUCUAAUGUAGAUUUGGAUUAAUUUUGUUAACAAAUCUUAGAAGUAUUAAAGAAAAAAGUUCACUUAGAUAAUACACCAAAAAAUUAGGAUUCAGAGGAAGAUGUUGAUUUCAAAGAAGCUGAAUAAGCUAUGGUUGGAACACUUUAAUAAUUAAAAGAUAAAGUUAAAAUUAAAAAUGAUUAAAAAAAUUAAAAUUUAAUUGAAAAACAUCAAUAAGAGUGUUCUAAAUUAAAAGAGGAAUUAAAUUAAAAUGAAUAAAAAUUGAAAGCUUAAAAGGAACUGCUAAUUGAAAAAGAUAAGGAAGCAGCAGACAAUUCGAACUAAAUUUAAGAUUUAAAUUAGAAAAUAAAGAAAUUAGAAGAUGCUAAUGAAAAAUUAUAAGAAGAAAAUCAAUAAUUAUCAUAAAAUAUCAAAUAAUGCAAAGAAUAAUAAAAAUUUAUGGAUAUUUUAAAAGAAAUGGAAAAAAGAUAUGAAGAUUAUAAAAAGGAAAAAGAGCAAAAUUAAGAAAGAGAUUAAAUAGAAUAAUUUCUUAUAAAUUUUGCAGAGACCUUAUCGAAGGAUUAUAAUCUUAAUUGA